AUGAAACUGACAGUGGCAAAAAUUUCUUAUUUUCUUCUGUUGCUGGGGCCGGUGGCUGCGGAUAUAACCGACGGCAACAGUGAACACCUUAAGCGGGAGCACUCGCUCAUCAAGCCCUAUCAAGGGGUCGGUUCCAGUUCCAAGCCGCUCUGGGACUUCCAAGGCAGCACCAUGCUUACGAGCCAGUACGUGCGUCUGACCCCUGACGAGCGCAGCAAAGAGGGCUCGAUUUGGAACCACCAGCCAUGUUUCCUCAAGGACUGGGAAAUGCAUGUCCACUUCAAAGUCCAUGGCACAGGGAAGAAGAAUCUCCAUGGAGAUGGCAUCGCCUUGUGGUACACCCGGGACCGCCUUGUACCAGGCCCUGUGUUUGGGAGCAGAGACAACUUCCCUGGGUUAGCCAUCUUCCUGGACACGUAUCCCAAUGAUGGAACCACUGAGCGCGUGUUCCCGUACAUCUCUGUGAUGGUGAACAAUGGCUCUCUGUCACACGAUCAUAGCAAAGAUGGACGCUGGACUGAGUUGGCAGGCUGCACAGCUGACUUCCGCAACCGGGACCAUGACACCUUCCUGGCUGUCUGCUAUUCCCGGUGUCGCCUCACGGUGAUGACUGACUUGGAGGACAAGAAUGAGUGGAAGAAUUGCAUCGAUAUUACGGGAGUGCGCCUGCCCACUGGUUACUACUUUGGAGCCUCUGCCGGUACUGGUGACCUGUCUGACAACCAUGACAUCAUCUCCAUCAAGCUGUUCCAGCUCAUGGUAGAGCGCACACCUGAGGAGGAAAGUAUCGACUGGACCAAGAUUGAACCCGGGGUCAGCUUCCUCAAGUCCCCUAAAGACAACGUGGACGACCCCACUGGAAAUUUCCGAAGUGGCCCCCUGACGGGGUGGAGAGUGUUCCUGCUGUUGCUGUGUGCCCUCCUGGGCAUCAUUGUCUGUGCUGUGGUGGGCGCCGUAGUCUUUCAGAAGCGCCAGGAACGGAACAAACGUUUCUACUGAGUGGCCAGUCUGACUGGAAGGGCCUGACCUUGGGCCAGGGCUCUUAUGAACUUUUUUUCUACUGGGAUUGUAAAAACAACCAAGCAACCAACCUUAUUUCUUAACUGUUUCAAAGAAAUAAUUAAAGUAUUUUCAUACA